GCGGCUGGAGCUGCAGGAAGUCAUGCUAUAUCACUCGAGUACGCAUGCGCUAAAGCUUUCCACAAUCUAGGGAUGCGUUUGUCUUCAUAAAACGAUGACCAACCUGCUUUCUAGCUGUGACAUGUCGUAAGUGUGAUGGCGACCACCGACGAGGUCACGCUGUCCGUCGGGGACAUGGUGAUGGUGAAGGCCGAAGGGGACUGUGACUCCGACGACCCUAACAAGACCCAGGUCAUCCUGCAGCUCCAGCCAAUCACUGUUGGUGAUGAAUCAGCUGAAACUGAUGCAGCUGUCAUGGCCGUUGAAGAUCAUCCCGAGCAAAUGGAGGGAGACGAUGUUGAAAUCGGCUGUCCCAUAACAUGUGGAGAAUGUAAAGCUAUGCUGCUAGUGAAGAAGUUUGUGUGCCCAGGAAUCAAUGUGAAAUGUGUGAAGUAUAAAGACCAGCUGAUCAGUCCCAAGCAGUUUGUCCACAUUUCUGGAAAAGCCACUCUGAAAGACUGGAAGAGAGCCAUCAGGAUGGGGGGAGUCAUGCUACGGAAAAUGAUGGAUUCGGGUCAGCUGGACUUCUACCAACACAGCACACUGUGCACCAACACAUGCCGGAGCACCAAGUUUGACAUUUUAAUCAACAACACUCGCUUCCCUCCAGAUGGCAGUGGGCUCACAACACCCACAUCCUCUCAGGCCCAGGUGGUUCUUGGAAAUGGCGGGGCAGCAAGUGAGGAUAAAGGCGAGAUCCAGAGUGGGAAGUUGGACUGGAGCUUGAGUUCACUGGAGUCUGCAGACAAGAAGGACUCCAAUGAGAUUUCAGAGGACACACUGAAUUUCUGGAAGGGCAUUGCAGAUGUGGGGUUACUGGAGGAAGUGGUGACAAACAUCAACACAGAGCUGAUGCACAUGCUGAACGGGGUGCUGCAGCGCAAAGAGCAGACCACAUUACAAGACACAGAUUCCUGUCUGGCAGAUGUGGCGGUGCUCAGUAACCUCGCUCAAGUCUUUAGCCUGCUGGACUCGGUCAAGAAGAUUCUGGAGAAGAGGAAGCAGGAGACAGAUCCCAGCCAGGAGCAGAUACUCAACAUGCUUGCAAACCUGGAGGUUCAGCUGGAGGAGCAGAGGAAGCAGCAGGAGGUGCGAGCUCUGGUCUCCUGCCCGCAGACACCCAAAAACAAGACGCCUACCAAACGUCCCAGCAAGCGGCCCCGCCUGCAGCGGCCCGCCUCCACCACCACCCUGCUGGCCUCCCCCCUCACCCAGCAGGCCCUGCAGCCCCAGCAGUUCACCGUUCUGUCCCCCAUCUCCCUGUCCUCCAUGGGGCAGCCCUUCACCGUAGCGGGGCUCCCCAUGGCCUCCCUGGCCCAGUCGCCCAACACCGUCACCCUGCUGCCCGCCGGCUCGCAGCUCUUCACGCGCUACAUGGUGGCCGGAGACGGGAAGGCAGAAACCAUCACGCUGCACCCUUCCUCAGGGAUCACGCUGCUGGGCACCACCGCUAUGCAGGACUCCACCCAGGUGGGCACGGUGGUGAGCCCCAUGGAACUGGUGCAGCUGAGCCAGCAGGCCGGCGGCACCGAGGUGCUGCCCAUCGAGGGCCAGAUGGUGGACGGCACCAUGCUGGUGCAGCAGGAGGUGGUGCAGGCCGAGGUGGAGCCGGGCCAGGAGCACACCGUCAUCGAGAUCAACCCGGCCCCCGUGGAGCAGGCCAUGGGCAUCAUGGAGCUGCAGCUGGGCGGGGAGUCGGCCCAGGAGGAGGCCGCCAUGCUGGUCCAGGGGGGCAUGGAGGUGGGCGUGGCGGCAGAAACGGAGGAAACACAAUGCCAAAUGCAGGAGGCGCAGACUGAAGGGGUUCCGGGGCUGCAGCUGGACGCCAGCGGACAGCUGUCAGGGGUUCAGAUAGUUGUGAUCGAAGAAAAUACUCAGGAUGAAAACAAGCUCAAAUGAGGCCCGCUCUCUUUGUUGCUUUCAAGCACAGCAGGUAUAGACUCGUGGAUUGUGAUGCAACACACAUCCAAAACUGUAAAUACACAGAAUGUACAAAUCCACAGCGAGUUUUGAUCUAAGAUCAAGUGCUCGGUGUUACAAACAGGGAGGCAUGGAAGGAAAGGAAACUGUUGAUGCUUGUCUUAGUUUUUUUAUUUGAAGGGUAGUUCUGGCCUUUUACAAUUUGGUUCUUAGUUUUUUUUAGUUUGGAAUACCCUGAAAAUCAGAGUACAGGGUUAUUACAUUUCUGCAGAUACAUCUCCAAAUGUAAAGAAAUGUAUGUCUUUCCAUUGUUUUAAGUUUGAGUGGUCAUCAGUGAACAUACAUCGAUGCAAAAAGGAAACGCCUCUAUACGGGGUUGUUUUCUAUUCCCAAAGUUCUCAAAAAAAGAGCAAUAACAAUGUUUACAUUCUGCAAUAACGGAUUUUCUUUUUUGCCCAUAAAAUAUUAUGUGAUUAGAGCUUCCUUGCAGAGAAACAUCGAAUAAAGUCGUUAGAAAGUUUUUAUGACAAGGAAUUUGAAAUUUUACAAGAAAAAAAGUUUUAAACAAGACUAAAGUCAUACUUUACAGAAAGGUUUGUAAUGAAUUAUGGAAAAUAAUGCUGUCAAAUUGUACUUUAGGAUUUACAAAUACUUGACAUCUUAAGUAUCAGCGCUUUGAAAUGAAUUACGACAAGUACUGAGCUUAACGGUGUUUCUGUGGGGCUACAACUUUAAUUUCACACAAUUACGUUAUUGCAACUUUUCUCUUGUAAAUUUGCAAUUCGCAACUAAUCUGGUUAAAAAUACAUUAUCCUUUAAAAUUAGAACUUAACAACAUGCCAUAACAACUUAUUGCAAUUUCCAAACUCCAUUCAUGUGAAGGAAAUUUUAUCACUUUCUUUUUCAUUUCCAUCUUUAUUCUCACAAAUGAAAAAUCAUUUUUUGUCCUCAAGUUGGCUCUUAAACUCCGUCAU